CGUGCAGCACAGCAACAGAGCCCUCUGCCGCCGGUGCAGAGAAGACGUCUGAGAGCAGCUGCCAUCCCAGCAUCUCACGGAACCCAGGGGACUGCGCGGUACUGGUGGGGACCCAUGCUACUUGCAGAUUGCUCGGAAUCCAGUGGUAAGCUGGUGUCUCCCAAGUGGAAGAAUUUCAAAGGUCUCAAGUUGCUCUGCCGAGACAAGAUCCGCCUCAACAACGCCAUCUGGAGAGCCUGGUAUAUCCAGUACGUGGAGAGGAGGAAGAGCCCCGUGUGUGGCUUUGUGACCCCCCUGCAGGGGCCUGAGGCUGACGCGCAUCGGAAACCGGAGGCUGUGGUCCUGGAAGGAAAUUACUGGAAGCGGCGCAUCGAGGUGGUGAUGCGCGAGUACCACAAGUGGCGCAUCUACUACAAGAAACGGCUCCGUAAGUCCAGCAGGGAAGGGGACCUCCUGGCCCCAAAGCAGGUGGAAGGAGGAUGGCAGCCACCAGAGCGAUGGUGCGAGCAGCUCUUCUCCAGCGUGGUGCCUGUGCUGCUGGGGGGCCCAGAGGAGGACCCCGGUGGGCGGCAGCUUCUGGACCUCGAUUGCUUUUUGUCCGACAUCUCUGACACGCUCUUCACCAUGACUCAGCCCAGCCCCACACCCCUGCAGCUGCCCCCCGAGGACGCCUACGUUGGCAACGCGGACAUGAUCCAGCCGGAGCUGACACCUCUGCAGCCCAGCCUGGAUGACUUUAUGGAGAUCUCAGAUUUCUUCACCAACUACCGCCCCUCUCAGACAGCCACGCCUUCAAACUUCCUGGAGCCCCCCAGCUUCAGUCCCAUGGCGGACUCCCUUUUCAGCAGCGGGAUCCUGGGCUCAGAGGUGCCCCCCGCCUCCUCAGGCAUGAGCCACCUCUCAGGGCAUAACCACCAGCAGGCUCGGAGCAGCUGCCCUGGCUCCCUGGACUCCAGUGUCUUCCUGAGCUCUGACUUCCUCCUUUCUGAAGACCCCAAGCCUAAACCCCCUCCCUGUCCCACACCCCCACCCCUCCUCCAAUACCCCCCUGCCCCUGCCAGAGGGCCUGGCCUGGAGCCCUGUCCCCUACCCCUCUUCCCUCCCAUGGCCCCGCCCCCUGCUAUGCUGCAAGAGGAGCCUCUCUUCUCUCCCAGAUUCUCCUUCCCAACAGUCCCUCCUGCGUCAGGAGUGUCCCCCCUGCCUGCUCCCACAACCUUCUCACCUGCCCCACAGUCUGGCACAGGCCCUGCCCCCACCCAUUUCCCCAUGGACCUUCUAUCCUCGGGGUAUCCAGAGCCCCCCUUUGGGCCUCACUUCACAAUGCCCCAAGGUGUGCAGCCCAGAGGCAAGCCCCCUACCCCAUCCCCUAGGGAGCGGAAGCCCAGUCCUCGGACCUUGGCCCCUGCCAUUGCUGGGGGCAACAAUUCCUGCCUCACACAGCUCCUCACAGCAGCCAAGCCUGAGCAAGCCCUGGAGCCACCUCUUGUAUCCAACACCCUCCUGCGGCCCCCAAAAUCCCGGGAGACGGUCCCUGAAUUCCCCUGCACCUUCUUUCCCCCGACUCCGGCCCCCACACCACCCCGGCCAUCUCUGGGCCCGGCCACACUGGCCCCUCCCAGGCCCCUGAUUGUCCCCAAAGUAGAGCGGCUGUCACCCCCAGCACCCAGCGGUGGUGAACGGCGGCUGUCUGGGGAGCUUAACUCCAUGCCGGGCCCAGGGGCUAUGAGUGUCCGAGUCUCUCCGCCUCAGCCCAUUCUAAGCCGGGGUCGUCCAGACAAGACUGAAAACCGACGCAUCACACACAUAUCUGCGGAGCAGAAGCGGCGCUUCAAUAUCAAGUUGGGGUUUGACACCCUGCAUGGGCUGGUGAGCACGCUGAGCACCCAGCCCAGCCUCAAGGUGAGCAAAGCAACGACACUGCAGAAGACGGCCGAGUACAUCACCAUGCUGCAGCAGGAGCGGGCAGCCUUGCAGGAGGAGGCCCAGCAGCUACGGGACCAGAUUGAGGAGCUCAAUGCUGCCAUUAACCUAUGCCAGCAGCAGCUGCCGGCCACUGGGGUGCCCAUCACACACCAGCGUUUCGACCAGAUGCGAGACAUGUUUGAUGACUAUGUCCGGGCCCGCACACUGCACAACUGGAAGUUCUGGGUAUUCAGCAUCCUCAUCCGGCCUCUGUUUGAGUCCUUCAACGGGAUGGUGUCCACGGCAAGCUUGCAGAGCCUCCGUCAGACCUCGUUGGCCUGGCUGGACCAGUACUGCUCCCUGCCCGCUCUCCGGCCAACUGUCCUGAACUCUCUCCGCCAGCUGAGCACAUCUACCAGUAUCCUGACGGACCCAGGCUGUAUUCCUGAGCAAGCCACACGGGCAGUCACAGAGGGCAAACCAUUAUAGUGCUGACCAGACCCUGCCGUUCACUCAGCUGCCGUGGGGACUACUUUCCCUGGACGUGGGCUCCAGACACAACUCCUGGGCACUCCCUUCCUGCCCCAGGCCCUGCUUGUCCCCUUUCCUGAGAGCUAAGCAGGAUCUUAGCCUCUUCCCACCUCCUGGAAGUCAGAAAACACUGAGUUCCAGUGUCUGCUCUGCCAGUGACUACACUGUGACCUAGGGGACUCAUACUCCAUCUGUGGACCUCCAUUUUCCAGUCUGCAAAAUGGGGGUGAGGAAGCUUCAACCAGAUGAUGAUCCCAAGGCCUGAGCAGCUGUGACACUUGGGCCUAAACUGGCAACUCAGGGAACUUAAAGGAGAAAAUGGGAAGAUCCUAUUCCUCUGUCACUCCCACCUGCUCCCCAACAGGUAGAGCACACGCCUCUGCUUCUGAGCAGAGAAGCAGAAAAGGGGGUUCUCUCUGUUCCUUCAUUGGUAACCUGGGGGCGCUGCAGGAUAGCAUCCCCGGGUGGAUGAAGCCUAGAAGUUCUGGUAUCAGAAGAGCACACAGCAGGGGGGGUGGCCAAGCCAAGGCAGGCAUCGUGUGUGUGUGUGUGUGUGUGUGUGUGUGUGUGUAGAGUAUCAAUUCAUGCAUAUCAAGGAAUCACACACAAAUUUGUAGAGCAUUCUUGACCAAUAAAAACACACUGUCAGGGAUGGUCAGCGUAUCUUGCUCUGGAAUGGAGAGUCGGUUGGCAGUGGGAGGUGGCUUCGGAGCUGGAGAGCCACUGGAGGGCUAUGACUAGAGGGGGGACAAGAUUCGAUACUAACUUCUGAACAGGAUUCCUCUGAGUGCCAAGUUGAGAACAGGCCGCCAUGGGGUGAUGGUGAAAGUAAGGCAGCCGGAGUUAGGCUGUGGCUGUCAUCCAGGCGGGAGAGGACCCUCCUCUUGGAAAGCCUCCCUCCAUGGCCAGGAGAGGGUUCACAGAGGCUCACUACUUUCCAAGUUGGAAGAGGGCAGAGCUGGGAUCCAGGAGUGGAAGUGACAGGGCCACCCAUCAGAACCAUCCAGGAGGAGAAACGUGCUACUGCAGAGAGCAGUGUUGUCCCCACUGUGCAAGAUGUGCAAACUGACCAGGUGGCCGCUUGGCUGGAUGUCUUACAAGGAACUGAUACUUCAGAUGGGAGUUGGGGUAAAAGACCCCAACACUUCAUUGAUCCUUUCAUUGAUCGAUUGAACAAAUAUUCCCUGAGGGCCUGCUGUGAAGCAGGCGAUGUUGUGGCUCUCGGGAUUCUGUUCACUGCUGUACUUCUCUAAUGGAGCUGACCAUUCAUGCCCAGCAAGUUUGAAUCCUCUCAUAUCUCAGAACUUCUGGGGGCAUUGGCCGGAUAUAAAGAGUCUUCUGUGGGCUUUGCCUUUCUCAUUCCUAUAGAAUAAUAACAAUAACUGCAUACCUAUGCAGUGUUUACUACA